GUCCCAUCUAUCUCGAGUUUUUGUCGAUGUAGUCGAUGUAGUCGUGCGUUAAAAGCGAGAGUGCGAUUAUCUCCCCGCAGAAUGAGACCUGCGCGCACUGUCGCUGCAUUGAAGCACGCGCCUCGGUAGCUAUCUUGCCUUGCGCGAUUCUGGAGUGUGGCGACGGCGUUUGUUUAACCCCCUCCCACCCCAACUCUCUGUUCUUACACGCGUACACGGUAGAUGUGUACACACAAGGGCAGUUGUACUCCAGACACUUCAAAUGCUGCUUCUGCUUCAUUUCGCAAUGGGAGUACUGAUAUGCGGUGUGGUGGCCUGGCAAUGUCCGCUGGGCCAUUUCCCGUGCGGGAAUCUGAGCGACGUGUGCCUGCCACAGCCACUGCACUGCAACAACAUCGUCGACUGCGGGAAUGGUGCCGACGAAGAGAACUGCGGCGACAACAGUGGCUGGCCCCAACUGUUCGACAAGUUUUUCGGAGUAAUGUCGCCCUACUCGAGGAAGGGGAAAUUAACAGAAUGCCUGCUAGAAAUCUAUCCCAAGAGCUGCACAUGCCAGGGGAAGGAGUUGGACUGCGAUGGCUUAAACUUACGCUCUAUUCCCAACGCUCCAUCCAACAUCACCGUCUUUUCUUUGCAGAAAAACAGACUCCGAACUCUUCCGGCAUUCGUGUUUCGAAGAUACGCAAGCCUGGAAAAGCUGUACCUGCAGAAUAACCAGAUAAGAUCAGUUUCCAGCAGAGCAUUUUCUGGACUUCACAACCUUACCCGCCUGUAUCUCAGUCACAACCAUAUCGCCGUGCUCAAGCCAAGAGUGUUUCAAGACCUGCGUUGGCUCGAGUGGCUGAUCAUUGAUAACAACAGGCUGAUUAAAAUAUCACAGAAGUCCUUCCUUGGCCUGCAAUCCCUUGUUAUGCUGGUAUUGCUGAACAAUACACUUCAUGAAUUACCCAGGAAGUCCAUCUGUAAAGGAAUGCCACAGCUGAACUGGUUUGACCUGGAAGGAAACCAGAUCCAGUCGGUGAGAAAUUCUACAUUCUUGGGCUGUGAUCAACUGACUGUAUUAGUUCUGCAGAGAAAUGCACUCAGUCUUCUUGGCGAAAAUACAUUUUCACCUCUGAAGAAGCUGGGAGAACUUGACAUUUCAGCAAAUAAAAUCCAGAAGCUGCCGCUGAACAUCUUCCAGAAUUUGCAAGAGCUUUCAAAUUUGAACCUCUCUUAUAAUCCCUCGCUGUCUAUACACUCGCAGCAGUUUGACUUUUUGAAGAGCCUGGAGUCCUUGAGCAUGGAAGGAAUUGAGAUCAACAACAUUCAGAAUCGAAUGUUCAAGCCACUCCGUGCCCUCUCCCACAUAUACUUUAAGAAGUUCCAGUACUGUGGCUACGCUCCGCACGUGCGCAGCUGCAAGCCCAACACGGACGGCAUCUCGUCCUUCGAAGACCUCCUCGCCAACGUGGUGCUGCGCGUCUUCGUGUGGGUGGUGGCCUUCGCCACAUGCUUCGGGAACCUCUUCGUGGUGUGCAUGCGCACGUACAUCCGCGCCGAGAAUCAGCUGCACGCCCUGUCCAUCAAAUCGCUCUGCUGCGCCGACUGCCUCAUGGGCAUCUACCUGUUCUUCGUGGGGGCGUACGACCUGCGCUACCGCGGGGAGUACAACCGCCACGCACAGCUCUGGAUGGCCAGCGUGCCGUGCCGCAUCAUGGGCUCCCUCGCCAUGCUGUCCACCGAGGUCUCGGUGCUCCUGCUCACCUAUCUCACCAUCGAGAAGUACCUCUGCAUCGUCUUUCCCUUCAGCAACUUCAGGCCGAAGCGGUGCCGCACCUUCUCCGUUCUCACCGCUAUCUGGCUCCUGGGAUUCGCCGUCGCCUUCACGCCACUGUGGAAUGAAGACUUCUUUGGGAAUUAUUAUGGCCGCAACGGGGUCUGCUUCCCACUGCACUCGGACCAGACCGAGAGGCCCGGGGCUCAGGCCUACUCCGUGGCCAUAUUCCUAGGAGUGAACCUCAUAGCGUUCGUCACCAUCGUCUUUUGCUACAUCAGCAUGUUCUGCAGUGUACGGCGCACGGGCCUCCAAACAGCCGAACUGUGCAACCGCAUCAGCAAGGAGAUCGGCAUCGCCAAGCGCUUCUUCUUCAUCGUCUUCACUGACGCACUCUGCUGGCUGCCCAUCUUCCUGCUCAAGCUGCUGUCGCUGCUGCAUGCCGAGAUCCCCGGCAGCAUCACGUCGUGGGUCGUCAUCUUCAUCCUGCCCAUCAACAGCGCGCUCAACCCCAUCCUCUACACGCUCACCACGCGCUACUUCCGCGAGAAGGUGCGCCACCUGCUGCGUGAGCGCUGGCGCCGCCGCUCCGAGCUCAGCGAGGCAGCUGCCUCCGCCGCCGCCAACGGCGCCGUCACCGGCACGGCUGCCUCCGCCGGCGGUGCCCAAUCCGUACCUCCGUCUGCCUCCCCGAGCCACGCCAAGGUUGGCUUCACCAGCUCGCUCAUAUGGCUCGAGACGUUCGACGGCAAGACCUCCGGCGCCACCGUCGCGUCGACGGCAAUCGUGACGACUAACGGGGGUGCCGCCGGGCAGGUGAUGGCCGGAGCGGCGACGGCCGGGGUGGUGGCGGCGACGGCGAUGACAACGACGGGCGCCGGUGGCGCGACCCCGCGGUCGUCCUCGUCCUCCUCCUCCUCGUCCUCCACGUCGGCGCUGUGCCGGUUCGGCUUCCUCAAACGCUUCUCCAACAUCGAUCAGAUCAUCUUACCGCCGCCACCGCCGAGGGGAACUUGAUGGAAGGUCUGCGCAGCACAGAGGACUGGAAAAAAGCCCGCAAUGGAUUUAAUUGAGGUUGUAGAUAUUUCAAAGGCAGAUGUGGGAAGGGUUGCGCUCUCGAGAGUGGACAUUAGAGGUCGGGUAGUGCCUGUGCAGCAGCUGUGGAGCCACACAGGGCAGUGGCAGUUGAGGUGUGGGGCAUCGGUGGCUUUGGCAGCAAUGUUUUUCAUAAUCAUGACAAAUCGGUUAUUAUAAAUUUUUAGUCUAUUACAUCUCUUGGACCAAUAAUUCAGAGUGGUCUCAGUCUUAAUGUUUUUCUGUUGUUUUAUUUUAUAAUUCAACUAAGUCUCUUGUUUGGAAAUGCAGCUUUAUGAAAAGCUAAACCGUUUUGCCUUCAGUUUGCACCGCGAAUAUUUUGAGUUAUGUGACUUUGAGCAUUACCCUUUCACUAGAUUCUACUGUCGUCUAAGCUAGUGAACCGUUAAUGCCGAUCACUGGCUGAAGUUAGUCUGAAUAAUAUUUUUUGCAGUCAUAGGACGCGAUUAUUUAUAUACGUGCAGUGUGCAUGCAAUGGUAACAUUUGGAUAUUUUUUUCAGUAUUGUUGAUAAUGUGCAAGACGACAAUGGAAAAAAAGAAACAGCAACGUGGAUGUCACAAAAUUAAACUUCAUUAUCCUCAGUCUCCAGUGUUGCUGCACAUUUAGCCAAAUCAUCUGUGUAAAUAUGGGCGUUUAUAGCAUAAAACAAAUUAUAUGAUUUAAACCGUUUAUACUUGUGUAAUUGCGUGUUUCUAAGUCAGGGACUAUAAAUAAGCUGAUUGAAAUAAAAUCUAAAAAUAAAAUACAUGUUUUCUACGUAUAUAAUAUACAGUAUAGUAAUAUUUACAUGCGUACAAACGUAGACGUGUUCAGAAUGUUUGCCUAAUAAACUUGAUACACUGGUGUAUGUCAAAAUAACAAUAAUAAUAUUACAUCUUUAUGAAGUCCACAGUAAUAACCAUGAUACAUUUCAGGUUAUUGUUACUUUAUUCGUUGCUUCAAAUACAUUUUCACGGAUGGUACAUUAAUCACAUUUACAGAAAACCUAUACAUUAAUGUGCAUUACGUUUACAUUGGAAUAUAUUAUCUUAAAAUUCUAAGAUAAUUCUGGAAGCUAUCUGGAUAUCGAUCCCCAACCCCCUUGUUGAAGCCACGGGGGUCACUGUGGUCACAUAAAUUAAUAGUAAAAUCCGUAAAUUGUUCACGAUGGGCUGAACAACACACAUUUAACUUAGCCGCUUCUUUAACUUCCUUUCAAAAAUGUUUCGCGCUUAAAGUACAAGUCUCCAUUUUCAGGAGAGGACAGUGGAGGGGGGCAUAGGCUCUCCCUUGAAAUAGCAUUUUAAAAAUAACAUUUAAAAAAAUAGCCACCGUAAAAAAAGUAAUGUAAUUAAAAAUAAUACAUGUUUUAGGCGGUGCCCCACCCCCGCAUUUAUUCCAUGACCUUACCUUUUCCUGCACCUCACCAAUUUUACAAAAAAAUUACCGUGCCAAAAUCGUAACGUUAUUUGCUUUGUACUUAUCGCCUUCCAAUUUUCAAUACAUCUUCCUAAACGUGUCACCUGAGGCGGAAAACUGGGGCUUUGUUGCCUUCUCAAAUUGGAGCCAUUAGCCGCCACCAUUUUAUACCGGAAGUCCAGUGACAACGAAAUUCCCACAGGACAUUUUACCACAGGAUUAAAUCCUCUUAAUGACCAAAUUAAUUAUUAAACCGAUUGUGUGGGUAUCCCAUAGGAAUUGUAAAAUAUUUAACAUGUAUUUAACUUGUUUCGCAUCAACUUAAGCAUAUCAUAAUUUUUUUGGCGUACUUUGAGAGUAAUAGUUGAAGAAAAGUAAUAAUUACAUGACGGGCAUACGUAGGAGUUCAUUAUGAAAAGUGUUAUAUGACAUUAUUUAUAUGUUGGACUUACUGGGUAAGCUCUAGAGCUGUACUACUACGAUUACGUAGGAAUGUUACACACAAUUGCACAACUGUGAAGGAAUUAGAACAUAAAUAUGGGAAGAGUGUUUAAAAAUUACGAAGUACAACAUUUUUAUAUGGUAUAAUUAAAAGUGGAACUUUAAAGUUCAGUCGAUAAAACAUUUUCAAGACAAUUCCACAAUUGUUUAACAUAAUUAGAAGAUUGAGAUCAGCCGAGCAACUGGUGCUCACACCAAUACAAACAGACAGACGAUGCACUAUUCUAUAGAGAGAAAAACUGGCUCAAUUCUUAAUGGAUUCACACUGAUGUGCAUUGUGAAGUAUGGUCAAGCAAACUCCAUGACCAACACCACGUGAGGAGGGGGGGGGGCUUUAUCCAGUGGUGGAUUGACAAAGGAUUCUAAAUUAUUGGCUUAAAUGUAACCCAUGCCCAAAUGAGCAUUGAGCUGUGCUCGUGUCCACUGGCAGUCGUGUGUCCAUGGGAGAAAGUCCAGUCAAUUGGCAAAGUUUCACGAGGUGGUGCUCAUUCAUUUGACUGACCCAGAAGGAAUGACAGUCUGAGAGCAGACCUUGACCAGAAUAUGUUUUUAAUUUUUGUUUUGCAAGACAAGUACUCGGUACGAGGCAUAAACCGCAACAAGGGGGGUGGAGGCGGGACAGAAAACUCCUGCGGACCAAAAGCCCUCAAACUCAGUACUCCUGCGUCCAAAGAGUUGGCAGAAAUUGAGCUCACUGCCCCCACACACGUGGGGAUUAUGAACAGGAGUAUCGGGGUUUUUUUUAAUAAAGGGGAGCGAGAAAACGAGGGAAGAGGGGGACAAUGGUAGGAGGGAGCCAGUACGCGCCAAAAUGAAUUUGUUAUCAGCAAAUGUCUCGCGGGGCAGUGACCAACUCCCGUUUGCCCUGGCCAGAAUUUGAACCCCCGUGAACUAUAGCAAUCGUGAACCCUGCAGCUCCGCCAAGUGACCAACAUCUCGAGCACUCGUGUGAGCGACGUGUUAAUGCAGUGCAAAACAGCGGGGAAGAAUUUACAAAUUGUAAUUCCGGUCAGGGGUCGAGUCAGGCCGCUUAUUGUUUGUCAAUAAAAUUAGUACCACUUGUGGAAAGUCAACAGCAGUUGUGUUUCUGUUGAGUUUCCACAAGUGAAUGCGGAAAUGUAUACAAUUGGCGCAGGGCCACGAAGAAAAAUGAACACUGCGUAUUUUAGCGUGGAGAUUGAAUUCGCCAGGGAGGUCAAAGUUUUAAUGUUGUUUUCAAAAUACUGUAACUGACCCUUGUUUGCAAGGUUUCAUUGGAUCGAUGCGAUGUCGUUCAGAGUCCGACUUAUAUUCCGUGCAUGUGUAACGGGUUCCGGAGACACUUGUAGAUGUAACUUCUUUAUUACAAUACAACACUCCAACAGUCCUGAUACUCUGUUACAGCCUAGGUACACAGCCUAGCUACACAGCCUAUAUACUCUAGAUACUCUACUCUGGCUACGCUCGCCCUCACAAGGUCGUAGAGUCGGGAGUUCCAGAGUCCCACCACUGGCUCUCACAGCAACCCAGGGUCUUCAGAUGGCUGGUCGUGGGUCUUGGGUCUUGAGUUACAACUGGGCCCCGAUCGUCCAGGGAGCUCUCCUUUUAUGCCUGGUCCGACGAGGGGUGGGGCCG